UUUUAAAUUCUAAUAGUUCUUUUUUUCGAAUGAGAAAAUUGAGAAAUGAUCUAAUAAACAGAUAUAUCAUAUUUAAUCGAGGCUGAGCAGUGGUCAGUCCCGACAGAUAUCGAAUUUCGUACCUGAUCGAAUGUCUGUCCUUUUUUACGUAUUGAUGUCUGGAACAUGUAAGCGGUACUUUAUUAUCCGAGGCUGUAAUGUACAGUUGCGUCUCGAAUCUUAACAUACGAGGAUGGAGCGAUGGGCUGGAAAGGUGGCCGUGAUUACCGGAGCCAGCGCCGGAAUCGGUGCAGCAAUCGCGCGAAAUCUCGUUAAGCAAGGUAUGAUAGUUGCGGGUUUCGCGAGAAGGGUCGAGAAAAUAAAGGAAAUUGCUGACACUUUGGAGAAUUCCUCGGGGAAGCUCCAUCCCGUAGAAUGUGAUAUCACUAAAGAAGAAGACGUAAUCGCGGCUUUUGUGUGGGUAAAGAAUAAUCUUGGACCGAUAGGCGUUCUCGUGAACAGCGCCGGUAUCACGAAGGAAUCUUCACUUAUAGACGGCUCUUUGGAAGAUUGGCAAUCUGUGUUCAACGUGAAUAUCUUGGGACUCUGCCUUUGUACUCGCGAGGCUGUCCGCAUGAUGCGUGAGACAGCGAUCGAAGAUGCUGUAAUAAUUCACGUGAACAGUUUGGCCGGUGAAAGAGUACCUUUUGUACCAGGAUUCAGCGUAUAUCCUGCAUCGAAGCGCGCCGUCACUGGUCUUGCCCAGAGCUUGCGACAUGAGCUUGCAGGCACAUGUAUUCGCGUCACGGUAAAUUUUUCUGUGAAUCUUUGUUGUAUGAUCUCUCUCUCUCUCUCUCAUAAUUGUUAUAAUAUUAUAUUAUUAUCAACUAAAAGAAUUAAAUAUGAAUUUUAUUUACAUUUCUGUUAUUUGCAGAACAUCAGCCCCGGUUUGAUCGCGACUGAUUUCAUGGCUUCCUAUAGCACGUUCUCCGCGGAAGCGAUGGCGGCUAUGCCGACUUUGGAUCCGGAUGAUGUUGCAACCGCCGUGAUUUAUGUACUGUCAAAUCCUCCUCAUGUUCUGGUAUGUGCAUAUUAUAAAUUUCUAAAUAUUUCUUUUCGUUAUAUAAGAUAAAAUCGAAAAAGAACAAAAUUAUCUGGCAAUUACCUUUCUUGUAGGUACAAGACGUCGUGCUGAGACCUCUGGGUGAAUCGUGGUAAUCGAUUUUUAAAUCAACUUUACGUAUUAUGUAAUCAUAAUAUGUGCAAAGUAUUAAAAAUAGAAUUAGCAUCGUACUUCUUGCAAGAAUCAAUAAAAAAUUUACUAAUGUC